AUAAGCUCCACCCUCUGUCUAUCACCACAGGUGUAAUUGAUCCCUGGUUCAAGGUCGGGUGUCCAUUGAUGCCGACACUGAAUUUAGAAGCACCUUCGCGUUGUUGAAUUUGUUUGCUGAAUUUGGAAGUGGGUGGUUAUCAUAGAGCCAUUCAGGGAGGAAGGUUGUUUUGCAUUGAGGGGAAUUGUCACAGUUUUGAGCUGCUGCAGUGUUCUUCUCAGCUGGAUGGGUAAGGUUGAGGCUCUGCCGUCGGUCAUCUGCCCUCGCUGCUAGCAAAUUGUUGUUUGUCAAGUCCAAUUUUUGGCGGAGGGAAUUUGGAGAAAAUCAUCAUGAUGUGCGCAAGGAUGUUUGUGCGUGCUAGCGACAUUCCCGGUUCCACAGGAGUUCAACAGAUAUGUUACAAUUCUUUGUCCUCUUUGAGAUCUUUUCAUGGGAUAUCUACGCAUAGGUUUUCUCGGUUAAUUGAAACUGGAAACAUAACCAGCUCGAUAUCAGUAAAGCACACAGCUGGGAGCAACCAAGCACCUCUGCUCGCCAAAGUUGUAGGGUCUGCCGGGACAGAAAGCUUAGUUGGAAAUGGAGUUGAUGUGGAAGACUUUGAUGUUGAUUCCUUGUCCCUUAACCAAGUAUCCAGCCAGAAAAAUGGGUCCACAUCUGCUCAAAAUGGAGAUUUGAUACUGGCAGCCGUGGACAUGGGAACCAACUCCUUUCACAUGGUGGUUGUUCGAGCCGACAAGCAAGGCCGGUUCCAGCUUAUGGACACAGAAAAAGAAGACGUCCGACUUGGUAGUGGCAGUUCUGAUUUAAGUGUUAUUACUCCAGAUGCUGAGAUCCGCGCCUUGGCUGCAUUAAAGCGCUUCAAAACCCUCGCACAAAUCCGGAAAGCCGAAAUGCGAGUUGUUGCCACCUCCGCGGUUCGAGAAGCCAGGAAUCGCCGUACGUUUGUGCAAAGAGUCCGUGAUGCUGUGGGACUAGAUGUUGAGGUUCUUUCAGGCACAGAGGAGGCAUGCUUAAUUUACCAAGGAGUCCUGCAGGCUCUUCCCGUUUUCGAAAAGACAGUGUUAGUGGUGGAUAUUGGAGGCGGUUCAACCGAGUUUGUCCUUGGAAAUCGAGGAAAGCCUACCUACGCAACCUCGCUCAAGCUCGGCCAUAUUCGGCUCUCGCAGCAAUUCCUUUCAGAUGGUCCGAAUAAAAAGGAGGAGCUGAAGAAGGAGCAGGUCGAGGAGCUAAGACGGCAUAUUCGAGUGAUCUUGGCUGAUUCUGGUGUGAUCGACCAAGUUCAAGCUAACGAGUUUGAAGUGGCCAUUGGGAGCUCUGGUACUAUUGAAAGCAUUGAACAGAUGAUUCACUACACUGUCACAACAACAAGUGCUCCACAGGUUGUGGACGGCCAACAAAACAAGGGUUCACUACGUGAUCGAGAGUUUACUGCAGACGAACUCAAUCAGGCAGUUAAGAAGAUAUGUAAAGUGAAGACUGUGGAGCAGCGGGCUAAGAUACCAGGACUACCUGAGAAGCGUGCUGAUGUCAUCGUUGCGGGCGCUGUGCUCUUGGAAGAAAUUUUUCUGGCCUUGGGGAUAACGAAGAUGAAGGUGUCACCAUAUGCACUUCGAGAGGGAGUUGUUGUGGAUACUUUAGCUGAAACCUUGGCGAAUUAUAAACCUGGAGUUAACAUCCGGAAAACCUCCAUUCUUAAUCUUGCAUUGAAGUUCAAGACAGAUCAACGCAUGGAAUCGGCUCAACACUCAGCUGGUCUAGCCAAGGAAAUUCUUUCUGGACUGCAGACAUGCCGCACUGGCACCAAUGAAUGUGUCUCAGACGUGGCUCUGUUAUUGAAUGAUGGCGAUGCUGACCUGCUGGAGGCUGCAACUAGUUUGCACUAUGUGGGGAUGUUCAUCAAUCACAAGUCAUAUCACAAACAUUCUUACUACUUAAUAAAGAAUAACGAGCAUCUUCUCGGUUAUAGUCCUUUGGAGAUUGAGAUACUUGCACUUCUAGCGCGAUAUCAUCGAAAGAAGGUUCCUAGCCAAAAGGAUGAAGACUUUGCUAAACUGCCUGAAGAAGUACAAAAGAAAGUGCGGGCAAUGUGUGCAGUCAUGCGUGUGGCAGUUGCUUUAGACCGGUGUGACUCGAGUGCCAUUGACGAUGUACAUGUCUUCCAGCAAACGGAAAGCAUCCUUCUUGCUGUAGUGCCUGCCAUCGAUCCAACGACAGGCAAAGCUCGUGAUGUAUCCCUCGAAGUCUGGGCGGCCCAACACGAGCUACCCUAUUUUGAGAAAAUAUUCAAGCGACGAUCAUCGAUCAUAGUCGCUGAUGAGCACGACUUGGAGGCAUUGGACACGGAUGCCCCGUCUGUCAGUCUCAGUUCCUAGAGGUGUUAACGCCAUACUGAUCAACUAUCAAGAGGGCGUUGAAUUACUUUUUUUUGAGACCCACAGUUAAUGCAUAGCUACUAAGUGUGAUAUUGUAUAGUAAUUCAUCCAAACACAGUGUGCAUUGAAAGAAUGUCAACUUGAAUCCUAUUGCGAUCGAAAUGUUUUCACCAUAUUUACCACUAA